GCCGUCGAGUCAGGCUGGACCUCUCAACUACUAAAAGGACUUGGGUGUUGAGGAAAUGGACGGGCGGUGCUUCGCGGCUUUUCUCCCUCUGGUUCUUUGCACUAAAAUUAAUGAGCCGCAACCUCCAUGAAGCUCUCCACUAAAGCCUCAAGCUUGAUGUUGAUGGGGCCGCCGAGCCUUGGCCUCUCAACCACCGAAAAGACAGAGACUUUGAAAACAUGGAAGGGCGGCGCUUCCUUCGCGGUCUUUCUCCCUCUGGCUCUUUUCACUAAAAUUUAUGAGCCGCAACCUCCAUGGAGCUCUCCACUAAAGCCUCAAAGCUGGAUGUUCAUGGCGUCGUCGAGUCUGGACCCCUUCACCACUACUAAAAGCUUUGGGAUUCGCGUGAAUGGGCGGACGCUCCUUGGUGGCGGCACUAAAGCCAAAAAAGGAGUCUCCGACGCGGAUGCGGAGCGCUGCCCGCGUUCGCGGAAACUGGGAAACUGGUUUGAUCUGAGCAGUGUCGGUCUGAAUGGCGCUCUCGCCCGGGAAACGUACACUCGUUGUCGUGAUGGCACGAGCGCUGUGUUGGUGAGGUGUAUAAAUCUGGCCAGUCCGCUAGGGUUUAUUCCUCACUUCUUCACUUCUUCACAGCGCUGUCUUCGCUUGCGGAGACUAAAACAUCAGGACGGGCUUUAAUAGGCUGGGGAUUCUGAGGAGGAGUCAGUUCGCGCUCUAAAACUCAAUAUGGAACGAUAGCAUGUCCGGCUGGCAGUGGGUGGG